GAAUUUGUAUUGAACUACACAUAGCAAUAACAUGAAGUGAUCAUUGUGUUGUAAUGCGAACCUAGCGUUUCAAUACGUUAGUACUAACUUGACUUGUAUGUUAUUUGUCGGAAUUUAAAUCUCAUGUUCGUAAAUUGAUUUAGCGAUGGCUGAGAAGUGUGAAUCAGACAAAGCAUCAAGCUCUUCACCGAACCUGAUAUGUCCAUUAUGUCUUGAUAUAUUUGUCGAGGCGACAAUCCUGACUUCAUGUGGACACACAUUUUGUAGGCGAUGCCUCAAGAAAUACGAUCUAACCCACCAGGACCUUGAUCACAUGGUCUGUCCUCUCUGCAGGGAGAUCACCAAGUUGUCCGCCAACCGUGUCGAUGAUCUCCGCCUCAGUGUCUCCAUCAACGGAUGCGUAGACGAUUACCACGUCAAGUGUGGAGGGAUGAAUGCUGUCCUUGAGAUGUGCCAGAAAUGCACCGCUUGCAAGUCUCUGAAAGACGCCGUGUCCUUCUGCUUAGCAUGUAAUUGUUAUAUGUGUGAUAAGUGUCUGCAUUCUCAUCAACAGCUUACCAUGUUCUUUGACGGUCAUGAGAUUGUCUCCAUGGAUGAUGUCAUCGAAGGGAAGGUCAGCAUUGGUCAUUUAUUCGAGAAGUGCUCCGUCCACAAACAAGAGAACAAGGAUAUGUUUUGUGAGGAUUGUAAGGUCCAUGUCUGUCACAAGUGCGUACUUGUUGGUCACAAAGCUCAUGAAAUCAAGAACCAGAUAGACUUUGAGCAGGAGUUGCGACGGAAGGUGAAGGACCUUGCCCAGCGGUGUGCCGACAAGAAAGCAGAGCUGGAGAAGAACAUUCAGAACAUAGAAAUACAACGUCAUGAGGUACACACUGCAGUGCAGACACUACUAGAUGAUGUCAGGCAAGCCUACAGCAUCAAGGCCAAGGAGCUGGAAGAAAAUCUUCGAAAUCUCACCGAGCAAAUACAUGCCUUAAAGCAUAGUUUUGAUGACGACCUCAACGUCCUGAAGUCAAAAUAUCGACAGAGGAUCAAGAGUAUUUGUAGUUCAAUUACUUUGGUAGACAAUGACAGACUGUGUCAUCUUGAGACAGACACUCUAUCUGCUCAUAUCUUGCUCUGUGAGGAGCUGGAUGCCAUGCUGAAGGAGGUUACUGAUCACACUUCUGCGGAAGCUAUCAAGAAGAAAGCACAGGAGAAGAGGUUCAAACCAGCAGAUGAUACUCGUCUUGACCUCGGGAGUAUCUCAGGAUCAGAUCCCAAGAUGGAAGUCAUUCAGUGUGUUGAUCUACGGGGAGUGAUGCUCGGUAUGGCACGGUACUCCCCUAGCACUGUCGCUAUCGGGUAUGGGGAUUAUGCACAAGGUAUUGAUAUCAUUGAUUCAAAUGGCGGAAAGCAGCAGUAUAGAAACGCACCCUUAAGUGACAUGUAUUGGUAUGAUCUGGCGUUGCAACGGGACGGGGCGUUAUGCGUGUCGACUGGUUCUACAGAGGCCCACAUCUAUUCUCCCCUUGGCUCCAGGAAAGCAACAAUCCACGUGAGAAACAAUACUAUUUGUCUCAGAGUUAACAGUAGUCCAUCAGAUGAAAUCAUUAUUACUAACUUUGAAAAACGAGUCUAUAUCUAUGACCCGACAGGAUCCACUCUUAAACACACUGUUCGAACAAAGCACAUUACGUGGCAGGCAUCUACCACCAGGACGGGUUUGAUCGUCACGAGUUCAUGUUGGUACAAUCCAAGCGUGGUGACGGUCUAUGACAGGGAUGGGAAUGCUGGUGAGUCUCUACAAGCUCCAGAGGAUGUCCACCUUUAUGAUGCCGUGGAUGAGCAGGACAGGGUGUAUGUAGCGAGUGUUGAUAAGAAGAAUAGUAGCGUCGUGAUCAGGCUCUAUGAUCUUGAUGGUCUGAACCUGAAGGAAAGAGUUGUGUUCAAUGCAUUUAAUACGACAUUGGUUUGUAAUUGGUCUUACUUGGUUUCCCUCUCCCCAGACAUGCUCGCCUUUGCUUGUGACAAAAAGUUACCCAGGUAACAAGCCAACGUUGGCUCCACGUUGGAAACUUGAAAGUCGUUGGACGUUGGGAAAACUUGAUGGAUUAACGUUGAAUCGACGUUGGAAACUAGUUUGAUGGAAAGAUGAUGGACAAUCAACAAUGACACGACGUUGGCAACGUUGGAAACUUGUUAGUCGGAGAGUUGUUGGACAGUCGACAAUGUCACAACGUUGGAAACACGUUUGAUUGGAUAGUUGUUGAACAGCCAGCAAAGGCACAACGUUGGCAACGUUGGAAACUAGUUCGCUGGAAAGUUGUUGAACAACCGACAAUGGCACAACGUUGACAAAGUUGGAAACUAGUUUGUUGGAGAUUUGUUGGACGGUCGACAAUGGCACAACGUUGGAGACUAGUAAGUUGGAGAGUUGUUGGACAGUCGACAAUGUCACAACGUUGGAGACACGUUUGAUUGGAAAGUUGUUGACAGCCAGCAAAGACACAACGUUGGCAACGUUGGAAACUAGUUCGCUGGAAAGUUGUUGAACAAUCAACAAUGACACGACGUUGGCAACGUUGGAAACUUGUUAGUUGGAGAGUUGUUGGACAGUCGACAAUGGCACAACGAUGGAAAUUAGUAGGUUGGAGAUUAGUUGGAUAGUCAACGAUGACACAAGGUUGGCAGCGUUGGAAACUAGUUCGAUGGAAAGUUGUUGAACAACCAACUAUGGCACAAUUAACGUUGUCAAAGCUAGAAACUAGUUCGAUGGAGAUUUGUUGGAUAGUCGACGAUGGCACAACGUUGGAAACUGGUAGAUUGGAGAUUAGUUAGAUAGUAUACAAUGACACAACGUUGAUAAAGCUGGAAACUAGUUAGAUGGAAAGUUGUUGAACAACUGACACUGGCACAACGUUGGAAACUGGUAGAUUGGAGAUCAGUAGGAUAGUCGACGAUGACACAACGUUGGCAACGUUGGAAAGUUGUUGAACAACAGACAAUGGCACAACAUUGGAAACUAGUGUGUUGGAGAUUUGUUGGACAGCCAACAACGUCACAACGUUGGAAACGCGUGUUUGAUUGGAUAGGUGUUGAACAGCCAACAAAGGCACAGCGUUGACUACGUCGGAAACUAGUUCGAUGGAGAGUUGCUGAACAACCGACAAAGGAACAACGUUGGAAACUAUUUUCUUGGAGAUUUGUUGGACAGUCGACAAUGGCACAACGUUGACAAAGUUGGAAACUAGUUUGAUGGAGAGUUGUUGAACAACGGACAAUGGCACAACGUGGACAGCGUAAUUGGAAUAGUUUAUUGGACAGUUAACAUUGACACAAUGUUGGAAACUAUAGUUUGUUGGAUAUUUGUUUGACAGUCAACAUAAUAUCCCGGCAUAAUAUACACAGUGUUGAGAACGUUAGAAACUGGUUCAUUGGAGAAUUGAUAAUUGAUAAAGUUGGCGGAGUACAGCAAGUCUGCAUAUGCCGACUUAACCCAAGACAAGACAAGACUAUACUGGCAUAGUUUCCAAUGGGGCCAAGGGGGGGGGGGUCGAUAAAGUAAGUUUGCUUGUCUAUCCAUGUCACCCUUGGUAUCCCCCAGCAAUAAGGGGAAAAGAAAUCGAGAGAGAAGGAAAAUAAUGGGAAGGGAAAGAGGAACUAAAACUAAGUCUAAGGGGAAAACAAAAAUAAAGAUGGGGUAGAAUAGAGAGGCUGCAUGCACCUGGGGAUGCAAAUGUGUCGAUUAAUAUAG